AUGGCAUCUCCUUCGAGAGACCCUCUCAGCAUCCCUAGAGCCGACUCGCCCUCUCGGCAAUUUGGCUCUCUUCCCCGAGCAGACGCCACCGCUCGACUGGCAUCGCCGGUUCCAUCUCAGCAAUAUGGCACUCCGCAGACAGGUCGCUUCGUCGGCCCGGGAUCGAGCAGGCUAGGCGACAACAGCGAAACGGCCAGCCUUGCACCACUGGCUGGUGCUGCUCCUUCAAGUGUUCAAGGCCCCGGUGUCUCGGCUCUGGCUGCAGCGCUGUCCAACUCUCUAGGAGCCUCGCCCCCGAGACACGGCACGCCUCCGGUGCGCUCUGCAACCCCUCCUCCGGCAAGACCUCUAUCUCCUGCUGCGGCUGGCGCUCAGCUCUCGAGCACUCCCAUGACCAACUACGGCUCCUUCGACUCCCGCUCGCGUAACGCCAGCGCCGGUGCCUACGAAGACCCAGAAGUAGUCAAGAGGCAUCUGGUCCAGCCUACGGAUGCCAAUUCCGAGGAAUCUAGCAUGCGCGAUGGAGUCAAAGGCAAGCAGGCAGCGGACACCGAUACCGAGACUGGCUUGAACGAGGACGAAUUCUCGAGUUUGCGGCUACAAGGCGGAGACGUGACCCGAGGCAUUUACAAGUGGACCGAAGAGGCUGAAGCUCGAAGCAAGAUGCAGCGAAGCAAGAGCUUCAGCAUUUCCCGCCCCGAUCCCGAGACUGACAUUCUCGACAUCAACGCAAUCAAGGUUCCCGGAGGCUUCCGUCGUAAUUACUUGCGUCGCGCGGCUAGGAGCCCCUCUACGGUGAGAGAUGGCGGCGAGCGCGGCGAAGCCAGCGAUGGCUCUCAACCCAGGCUGCUCACGUCCAGUUUCCUCGAGUUUCUCACAAUAUACGGCCACUUCGCAGGUGAAGAGUUGGAGGAGGACGACGAGGCGCUCAGGCCUGGCGAAUACUUCUCCUCGGGAGGAGAGGAUUACUACGACAGCGACGAGGAUAGCGAAGACGAUCGAGAGCCCAUGGAAGACAGUGCGCUGCUGACGCCGUCGCGCCACCGAAGGAGACGGAGACAACGUGGUGGAAGUGGGAAGAACAGCCCGAUGAGCGCUGCUCUCCUGUUGCUCAAGUCCUUUGUUGGUACUGGAGUUCUUUUCCUGCCUCGGGCUUAUCUGAAUGGUGGUAUGACCUUCAGUAACGCUGUCUUGCUGGGCGUGGCUGCACUGAGCUACUACUGCUUCGUGCUUUUGGUCACGACCCGUCUCAAGGUUGAGGGGUCUUUUGGUGACCUUGGUGGCAUCCUCUACGGCAAAUGGAUGAGGGGCACCAUUCUCACGUCUAUCGUCAUAAGUCAGAUCGGAUUUGUCGCUGCGUACAUGGUUUUUACGUCAGAAAAUCUGCAGGCCGUCAUCUUGGCGGUAUCUGACUGCAAAACGAACGUCCCCGUCAAGUGGUUGAUCCUCUUGCAGGUCCUUGUCUUCCUGCCCUUCUCUCUUCUGCGAGACAUUGAGAAGCUGAGUUUCACUGCUCUGAUUGCGGACGCCUUCAUUCUACUCGGACUGGCUUAUUUGCUGUACUACGACAUCCUGACCCUGAGCACCAAUGGCUUGGCCGACAUCAUCAUGUUUAACCGCAACGACUGGACCUUAUUCAUAGGCACUGCCAUCUUCACCUUUGAAGGAAUUGGUCUCAUCAUUCCUAUCCAGGAGUCGAUGAAGGAUCCCAAGAAGUUCCCUCGGGUCAUGCUGGCGGUCAUGAUCAUCAUCUCGGUUAUCUUCAUCGGUAUGGGUGCGAUCUCUUACGCCGCAUACGGAUCCAAGACGGAGACUGUUGUGUUACUCAACAUGCCUCAGGACAACAAGAUGGUCAACAGCGUCCAGUUCCUCUACUCCAUUGCCAUCAUGUUGUCGAUCCCGCUGCAGCUCUUCCCCGCCAUUAAGAUUACCGAGAAUGCUCUGUUUACAAAGAGCGGAAAGUACAACCCUUACAUCAAGUGGCAGAAGAACCUGUACCGUUUCUUCUUCGUUAUUCUCUGCGCAGUCAUUGCGUGGGGUGGCGCAGAUGAUCUGGACAAGUUUGUUGCCCUCGUUGGCAACUUUGCAUGCAUCCCACUCGUCUACAUCUAUCCUCCCCUGCUCCACUACAAGGCGGUCGCAAAGAACAAACUUUGGAAGAUUUCCGAUCUUGUACUCUGCGUCUUUGGUUUCGUUGCCAUGGCAUACACAACCACUUUGACCGUCUACAGCUGGGCUGGCGGUUCCAGCGAGCCCGCCCCUCCAGCAUACUGCGACCGCAGGGGCACUAACCUGGUUAGGAGGUUGUGGCAUAAGCGCACACCAAUUUUCUCAUGA